AUGGAAUCUUUCGUUAUGGAUCAUGAGUUCUGUGGAACUGUGAAGGAUGUGGUGAAAGGAUCAAGUCUGAAGAUUGGUGACAAAGUUAUUGUUGAUCCAACCCAAACGUGUGAAACAUGCUUCUGUUGUUUGAAUGGCUGGGGUCCACAAUGCCCAAAGCUAUCAUUCAUCAGAUUUCCAAGCGGGAAAGGUGGUGGUAGCCUUAAUGAGCUUGUCACAGUUGAGGAAUCUAAAUUACUCAAACUACCUGACAACAUUGCGUUCAAAGAUGCAGCACUGGCUGAGCCUCUGGCGGUUGGUCUCCAUGCCAUGCGAAAGGCUGAAUUGCCUGAUGAAAAUUGGCCGCAGCAGACAAUCGUGGUGAUUGGAGGUGGCCCAGUUGGAUACGCAGUGCUACUGAAUUUGCUUGCUUUUGGGGCUGACCCUGACCGAAUCAUAGUCAGUGAGCCCACAGAACUAAGGCGGAAUGGGCUGAAGACCCUCGGUGUUCAUGUUGUAUCACCAGAAAAGGACGACGUUGGGAAGUUUUCCCAGGAGCUCACUCAAGGCGAGGGGUUUGAUAUCGCCUUUGAUUGCGCUGGGGUGACUCAGUCUGCUGCAACAGCGAUGGCAACUCUGCGCCCCCAGGCAACUUACAUCAAUGUGGCAUUUUGGGGUGCAAAUAUAACUAUUCCGUUCAUGGAAUUUUUCAGAAAAGAGAUAACGUGUCGUUCAUCCAUGGCCUACAGUGCCGGCGAUUUCCAACAAGCUGUUUAUCUCAUGUCUCAAGAACACACCGAUGAGGCAUUUCAAGAGCUUCUCAACCAAAGAGACCGGCAUCUCAAGAUAUUGAUAACACCAAAGGAAUCAAACUUGACAACUGCCAUCGCCUAG